UGAGCAGUGAAUUUAUUCUCUUUUUGUUUCGUUCAUUUUUUGGCUACUGUUGUUGUUGUUGUUGUAUAAUUCAUCAUGGACCGCGAGAGCGGUUCUACGGGGACGCCCCCUGUUAUCACGAAGAAGAAGGGGAAGAAAACGGCAACGAAGAAUAAGGGUGUUGACGCGAAUGUAGGGACUUCUAACUUGAAGGGGACGAUUACGGCGGACGAGCUUGCUGCUGCGAGUUCGAGUGUUGUGAAGGAGGUGGUGGUGGUGCCGAGCACGCCAAAGAAGAGCAAGGGGUCGAAGGGGAAGAAGGGUAGUGCUAGCUUGGACAGUCACAUCGAGUCAUCUUCUUCCAAGACACCACAGCAAGAACAACAACCCAAGAAAGCGGCCGUGAUAGGCUCGAAUAUGGCAUUGGCCGAGUCGACGGGGGAUUUCUUCGAAAAGGCAGCGGAUGAGCUUCCUGUCAAGACAAUGGCAACGUCAAGUUCCAAGGGUGUGCAAGUCAAUGGUGUGAAUGGCGUCCGUGGCGGCCUGGAUGACGAAAAGGAAAGACCAAGCGAAAAAGAAAAUAGGCUUGUCAACGGUGAACGGAGUGGGACAGCUACUCUCACCCAACGGAAGCAGCAGAAGAGUUCCGCUUUCAAAGCCAAAGACAACGACUACCCACCGCUUUACGAUGACGACGAACGGGAGGACCGCCGACUGGACCGAAUUCAGGCCUAUCGAGCUGCCGGGAUCCGGUUCGCGCCGUGGAAUAUUCCUUAUCGACGCCGGAUGCAGACCGUAGCGGUUAUCAUCCACUGCCUUAGCAUCGCGUCGACGGUGUCGUUUUUCUUUUUCCUGUGCGCCAUCCCGAUAUUUUGGCCGCUGAUUAUCCCUUACCUGCUGCACAUGUCGCUGUCCAAAAACGCCACCGACGGGAGGUUGCGGAUGCGUUCUGAGCGCUGGCGAAGGCUGCCGGUUUGGAAGCUGUUUGGGGAAUACUUCCCUGCCAAGUUGCACAAGACACACGACUUGCCCCCGACGAGGAAGUACAUUUUUGGGUAUCACCCCCAUGGCAUCAUCUCCCACGGAGCGUUUGCUGCUUUUGCCACCGAGGCACUGGGGUUUUCGGAGAAGUUUCCGGGCAUCACCAAUUCACUGUUGACGCUGGAUUCCAACUUUAGGAUCCCGCUCUACAGGGAUUAUAUCCUCGCUUUUGGGCUCCAGUCUGUCUCCAAAGAGUCGAUAACCAACAUCCUGACCAAGGGCGGGCCGAACAACGAGGGGAUGGGCAGGGCGGUGACGAUUGUGGUUGGGGGAGCUAGGGAGUCGCUCGAGGCGCAGCCGGGGGUGAUGAAUCUGGUGCUGGCGGACAGGAAGGGGUUUGUCAAGAUGGCCAUUAGGACGGGAGCUGAUCUGGUGCCGGUGCUGGCGUUUGGGGAGAAUGAUUUGUAUGAUCAGCUUAGUCCGAAGACGCACCCUUGGUUGCACAAAGCCCAGAUGUGGGUGCUGAGGACGUUGAAGUUUACGUUGCCGUUUCUGCACGGGAGGGGGAUUUUCAACUAUGAUGUUGGACUGAUGCCGUACAGGAGGAGACUGAAUAUUGUGGUGGGGAGGCCGAUCAUGGUGGCGCAGAAGAGGGAGGGGGAGAUUGAGAAUGAGGAGGUGAACAGGCUGCAUAGCGAGUAUGUGGGGGAAUUGGAGAAGAUGUGGGAGAGGUAUAAGGAUGUGUUUGCGGCCGGCAGAAGGGGGGAGAUGAAUAUUUUGAAGUAG